AUGAAACCAAGUCUUGGGUUUGUUAAAUUAAAUCUGGCUAUGAAAGAAGGUGAAGAAGAAUUUAAAAGAGAAUUUGAUGAUUCUAGUACUGAGACUGUAAACAGUUAUCUAGUUAAUUGUAUUAGAGAGCAUGAUUAUCAUACUUUAGCAUAUUAUAUUUGUUAA